AUGGCGGCCAUCUACGACGGCGACCUGCCGGAGAACGUGGAGGACCAGGUGGACUUCGAGGCGGACGACAACAACGACGCGGGGGAGAAUGAGCCGGACAAGGACAUGGAGAAGGAGGGCGCCCUGCUGAAGGAGCGGCUGGGGCAGAGCGAGGGCAAGGAGGGGGAGGGCGAGCACGGCGACGAGAACGGCCUCACGGAGGAGCAGAAGAAGGAGCGGGACGCGCGGUCCAUCUUCAUUGGGAACGUCCACUUCAACGCCUCGCCGGAGGACCUCCACGAGCUCUUCUGCGGCUGCGGCACCGUCCAACAGGUCACGAUCCGGUCAGACAAGGACAACAACCCGAAAGGGUACGCGUUUAUCGAGUUCCUGGAGCCCGACGCGGUCGAGGCGGCGAUGAAGCUCACGGGCACGGACCUCCUCGGCCGCCGCAUCAAGGUCCUUCCGAAGCGCACCAACCAGCCGGGCCAGAAGACCCGCGGGAGGGGACGCGGGCGCGGGAUGAUGGUUCCGAUGAUGAUGCCGAUGAUGGGCGGGCGCUGGGGCGGGCCGAUGAUGAUGAUGAUGGGCGGGCGCCGCGGCCGGGGACGGGGCCGCGGACGCGGGCGCGGGGGGUUCGCGCCGUACUGA